GAAGUAGAAAUAUUUAACCAAUGGGGCCACCUUAUUUCUCAUCUCUUUUCUUCAAGAUUUUGCAGCUAUGGCAACUUUCAAGCUAAGAUCACUUUUGGGUCUCCACAAAUGGAGGCCCAAGUUAUUGGUUUGUUCAGCUUCACACUUUUCUCCAUUUCGCAGCUACUCUUCACUGAAUGACACAUCUCUUUUUGGAAGAAUUGGAUUCAUAGGACUUGGAAACAUGGGAUCAAGAAUGGCCGAUAACUUGAUUAAGGCUGGAUACAAUCUUGCUGUUCAUGACAUCAAUCAUAAUGUUAUGAAGAUGUUUUCGGACAAAGGCGCUCUCACGGAAGACUCGCCUUUGAAAGUUGCAGAGACAAGUGAUGUUGUUAUUACAAUGUUACCAUCAUCAAACCAUGUUCUGGAUGUUUAUACUGGACAAAAUGGUUUGCUUAGUGGCGGUAAUCCACUCAGACCAUGGCUAUUUAUUGAUUCUUCUACGAUUGAUCCUCAAACAUCAAGAAAGGCCUCUGCAGAUGUGUGUAAUUGUUCUUUGAUGCACAAGAGAGAUGGCUGGAAGACUCCUGCUAUGUUGGAUGCUCCUGUAUCUGGCGGUGUUCUUGCUGCAGAGAAUGGGACUCUUACUUUCAUGGUUGGUGGUACAGAGGAGGCUUACACGGCUGCCAAACCCUUGUUUCUCUCAAUGGGCAAGAACUCUAUUUACUGUGGUGGAUCGGGGAAUGGUGCAACUGCAAAGAUCUGCAACAAUUUGGCGAUGGCUAUUAGUAUGCUUGGGGUGUCAGAAGCCUUUGCUCUUGGUCAGUCUUUGGGAAUUGCAGCUAGCACUCUAACAAAAAUAUUCAAUUCUUCAAGUGCUCGCUGUUGGAGUAGUGACACAUACAAUCCAGUGCCUGGGGUGAUGGAUGGGGUGCCCUCUUCCAGGAAUUAUAUUGGAGGUUUUGCAUCUAAGUUGAUGGCUAAAGAUCUGAACCUUGCUGCAGCAUCAGCAAAAGAAAUUGGACUCAAGUGUCCUUUGACAUCACAAGCAGAAAAGAUCUUCACAGAGCUCUGCAAUAAUGGGCAUGAGGCAAAGGACUUCUCCGGUGUAUUCCGCUACUACUACUCUGGAAAAGAUGAGCAGUAAUCCCCUAAGCUAAGGUAGAUAUUGUUGCUGCAGAAAGAUAGAAGUCUGUAUAGUAGUGCUCUAAAUCCUUUACUUUUUGUAUUUCAGCAGUUCACUUUGUUGAAUCCUGCAUAAUGAUGAACACUGAAGUUAAUGGACUGAUUUUUAUAUAACUCCAGAGUUUCUGGUUCUAUCUGACAGUGUGUAGGAUUUUGUGCUCUUUUAUGAAGAACCAACUAAUGGUGUUCAGAUA